AUGAAACGAAAGUUCCACCUAUUGGUCGGUAUAUUUACCGACGAAAAUUUGCAAAAGGCCAUCGAAGCGAUGUACAAUGGGAUCACAAUAAGGGAAUCUUGUCGAAGAUACAGCAUUCCCAGGGCAACACUACAGGACCGGAUCAAGGCGCGAAUUGCUAAUAAGCCAAGGCAAAUAGGCCCAGACUCAUAUUUGAGCGCCGAAAAUGAGAAAAAAGUGGUCAACUGGAUAAUCAAUUUGGCGAAAUGUGGAUUUCCUGUUAAAAAGUGUAAAUUAAUUUCUACGAUACAAAAGAUUGUCUUGGAUCAGAAAAUAAAAACUCCAUUUAAAGACGGGAAAACUAGCCAAAAAUGGUAUUCAUCAUUCCUUCAUAGACAUUCACAAAUUUUCACCCGAACUUCUGAGUCAAUAGACAAGUCUCGUGCAAAAUUUACGGAAGAAUAUAUCAAUUUUCUAUAA